CGCUGAAGUCUGAGCGGUUUCCCAAAGCGAAGUAGCUCUCCCUCCCUCAGCCGAUGAUGCAGCGACCCUACGAGGAGGAGGAGACCGACCGCACCUCCUGCGAGGAGGAGUGCGUCACGCUCGAUGCCCAGGAGUGCUCCGAGGAGGCCAAACAGACCAAGGAAGAGCUCAAGCGAGAGAUCGAGCACUUAAAGGCCCAAGUCGCCUUCUUGAGCAUCUGGUCUCCGACCGGCCUCGACCACCCCCACGGCACCGACGUAGUCUUGCUCGCCGCCGAGGACGGCCCCAACGGAGGCCCCUCUAUGGGGGUCCCGGUUCACAUGGCCAUGCUGGCUAGCCGGUCCCCAAUAUUUAAAGCAAUGCUCGAGGAUGAGAUGGAUGAAAGCCGAACCGGCACCAUCAAGAUAAGUGGCAUGUCAUAUGAUGCCCUCCGAGCAUUUGUUGGCUAUCUAUAUGCCGAAGCAUGCCUCGAUGAGCAAAUGGCUUCUGAGCUUCUGGUAUUGGCCGAAAAGUACCAGGUGAAGCCCCUCAAAGCUUAUUGUGAGAAGUUCUUGGUGUCCAAAUUAAACUGGGACAACUCGAUCAUAAACUAUGUCUUUGCGCACCAGCACAACGCGAAGCUUCUCCUUGAGGCCGCCUUGUCCUUAAUCAAGGACAACUUGGAUAAACUCAGAAAACGUCAAGAAUACUCGAUACUCGUUGAAAAGGACCCACGCCUUGUGGUGGAGUUAUAUGAAGCAUGUGUUGCAAAGCAGGAAAAUGAUGCAGCACCUAAGGACACUUCUGCGAAGUUAUAGUCUUGUCUGGAGAAAGGAAUUUCGUAUCCACAAGGAAAGGGGGCUUUCUUAGUUUUAUAAUCUUUUUCCUACAGCAAUAGCAGAUUCUCAGAUGAUUAUCGAUCGCUUUGGCUCUGGGGAGCAUUUUUUGAUUUACUAGCGAAAGCCAUUCUUUAGGCUCGGUACCA